AUGGAUCGCGCAAUGGAUGUGGAUGCCACUGAAUCGCGAGGCACUAAGCGUCCCGCUGAAGACGCAGAAACAACCGCGAGGCCUAAAAGAAUCAGACCUCUUGAUCCCGAUGUGGUGAACAAAAUCGCUGCUGGGGAGAUUAUUGUGGCCCCUAUGCAUGCCCUGAAAGAGCUUAUAGAGAACGCAGUCGACGCUGGCUCUACCUCUAUUGAGGUCUUAGUCAAAGAUGGCGGCCUCAAACUACUUCAAAUCACCGACAACGGGCAUGGCAUUGACCGGGAUGACCUCCCCAUUCUGUGCGAGAGAUUUACGACCUCGAAACUGAAGCAAUUCGAAGAUCUCUCUUCCAUCGGAACUUAUGGUUUCCGAGGCGAAGCACUCGCUAGUAUCAGCCAUAUCGCUCAUCUCACAGUGACCACCAAAACGGCUGGUUCCAGCUGUGCAUGGAGAGCUCACUAUAGUGAUGGGAAACUUGUCCCUCCUAAACCUGGACAGAGUGCCGCCCCGAAAGCCACAGCGGGGCGUGGUGGUACACAGAUAACAGUUGAGGAUCUAUUCUAUAAUGUUCCUUCAAGACGCCGAGCCUUCCGAUCUGCGAGCGAAGAAUACGCCAAAAUCCUCGAUGUUGUCGGCCGGUACGCCGUUCACUGCUCCGGGAUAGCGUUCUCAUGCCGAAAACACGGCGAAUCUGGUGCUGGCAUCUCGACACCUGCGGCAGCCAACACUGUCGACCGAAUCCGCCAGAUCCAUGGUAGUGCCGUCGCCAAUGAGCUUGUUGAAUUUCAAGUUGAGGAUUCAAAGCUCGGUUUUCGCUCGUCGGGCUUGGUCACGAACGCAAACUACCAUGUCAAGCGGACGACCAUCCUCCUUUUCAUCAACCACCGCUCUGUCGAGUCUACUGCGAUAAAACGCGCAGUAGAGCAAACCUAUUCGAGCUUUCUUCCCAAGGGCGGACACCCCUUUGUGUAUAUUGACCUGGAAAUUGAGCCACAGCGUGUUGACGUCAACGUGCACCCAACCAAACGCGAGGUAAACUUCCUGAAUGAGGACGAGAUCAUCGAAUGUAUCUGCGAUGAGAUAAGAGCCAAGCUGGCACAGGUGGAUUCCAGCCGGACCUUUCUCACGCAAACACUUCUUCCUGGGGUCACGACAACCGAGCCAUUGAAUCGCAACGAUCCAGCCGCUGGCCCGUCAAGUGAAGGCGACGGCCAAGUUCCUAGAACCCCUGCUCCAACGAAGAAGCCAUAUGAGCAUAGCCUUGUGCGUACGGAUUCCAGAGUCCGCAAAAUCACAUCAAUGCUACCUCCUGCGAUACAACAAACGCCCUCCGGUGCUGAGGCGGAGCCCGACCCCUCUAAAGUAGUCGAAGAGGGAUUGCAGUACGAGACCACAGACCGUGAACCCCUUCGAAUUGCCCUGACGUCAGUCAAGAAUCUCCGCGCUGCCGUCCGGUCUACCAUGCACAACAAUCUAACAGAGAUGAUCGCAUCACAUACAUACGUGGGGUUGGUCGACGAACGACGGCGCAUCGCCGCUAUACAGUCAGGAGUGAAGCUCUACCUAGUUGAUUACGGCAUGAUAUGCAGUGAGUUCUUCUACCAGAUAGGCCUCACGGAUUUUGGCAAUUUCGGCAUCAUCAAACUCGACCCACCCCCGAAACUUACGACACAGCCUGAGCAAACAAGCACGGCAGAAGAAAGUGAGAUCUUUGCCAAUGCACCGGACCUGGUCGCAAGAACACUCAUAGACAGACGAGAGAUGUUGAACGAGUACUUCUCUCUUCAGAUCUCCGCAGAGGGCGACCUUCUCACGAUUCCCCUCUUACUCAAAGGCUACCUCCCAUCAUUGGGUAAAUUACCACGUUUCCUGCUAAGACUUGGCCCGUACGUCGACUGGACAAGCGAAGAAGAAUGCUUCAGCACGUUCCUGAGAGAGCUUGCGGCUUUCUACACGCCGGAACAACUACCCCCUCCCCCUCCUGACGGGUCAAAUGCUGCUUCACGCGACAAAGAAAAUCCAGAGUCCUCGGGAGAGCAGCAGGAGGACGCAGUUUUGAGGCGCCGUCGAUUGCAGAUAGCCCGGAUGCUAGAGCAUGUUAUUUUCCCAGCGCUCCGGGCUCGUCUGGUUGCUACCACACGGCUUCUCCGCGGCGUGGUUGAAGUGGCGGAUCUUAAAGGUCUAUACCGCGUGUUUGAGAGGUGUUAA